GUCUUGAGACGAACCGAUCCAGAAGAGGAGACAAAAAAGAAGAAGCGUCUCUAAAACGCACGCACGACAGCCGAAUGCUAAGAGCGAGACUGCGAUUUUCAGGCGCCAUGACCGGUGCAAAUAUGUUAGCAUCCUCGUCCUCAUCGAUGGCCCUCAAAAACCCUAGAUUGUCUUUGUCUUAUUCAAGUUCUAGCCUUUUCAAUGGAGGAAGAGCAGGAGGAGUUUGUCGGAAUCGUGUCACUUUCUCUCCUCAAUGGACUCGCGACGUUUCGCUUCGGUGUUUCGCUUCUUCGAGUGGUUUUGAUAAAGUUGUUGUUCAGAAUCCUAUCGUUGAAAUGGACGGGGAUGAAAUGACGCGGAUCAUUUGGAAGAUGAUAAAGGACAAACUUAUAUUUCCUUAUCUGGAUUUGAACAUAAAGUAUUUUGAUUUAGGGAUAUUGAAUCGGGACGCUACUGAUGACAAAGUUACCAUAGAAAGUGCUAAGGCCACUCUUAAGUACAACGUUGCUGUGAAAUGUGCUACAAUUACUCCAGAUGAGACCAGAGUUAAAGAAUUUGGACUGAAGGCUAUGUGGAGGAGUCCCAAUGGCACAAUUAGGAACAUCUUAAAUGGUACCGUUUUUCGGGAACCUAUUCUAUGUCAGAACAUUCCGAGGAUUGUUCCUGGUUGGAAGAAACCCAUAUGCAUUGGUAGGCAUGCCUUCGGAGACCAGUAUCGUGCCACUGACACAAUUAUUAAAGGGCCAGGAAAGCUUAAAAUGGUCUUUGUUCCAGAAGAUGGGGAAACUCCAAUGGAGCUUGAUGUUUAUGAUUUUAAGGGGCCAGGCAUCGCACUUGCAAUGUAUAAUGUUGAUGAGUCAAUUCGAUUUUUUGCGAAGUCAUCGAUGUCACUGGCAUUUGGAAAGAAGUGGCCUCUUUACUUGAGCACCAAAAAUACAAUCCUGAAGAAAUAUGAUGGCAGAUUCAAGGACAUAUUCCAGGAGGUAUAUGAAGAAGAGUGGAAGCAGAAGUUUGAAGAAUAUUCAAUAUGGUAUGAACAUCGGCUGAUAGAUGACAUGGUCGCUUAUGCAAUGAAAAGUGAAGGCGGAUAUGUUUGGGCUUGCAAGAAUUAUGAUGGUGAUGUCCAGAGCGAUUUACUUGCUCAAGGAUUUGGCUCCCUAGGCCUCAUGACCUCUGUUUUGUUAGCAUCUGAUGGGAAGACAUUGGAAGCUGAGGCAGCUCAUGGAACUGUAACUAGGCAUUUUCGGUUGUAUCAGAAGGGAAAAGAAACCAGUACAAACAGUAUUGCUUCCAUAUUUGCAUGGACACGGGGUCUAGAACAUAGGGCCAAGCUAGAUAAAAAUGAAAGGUUGCUUGAUUUUGUUCAUAAGUUAGAGGCUGCAUGCAUUGGGACAGUGGAGGCAGGAAAAAUGACCAAGGAUCUUGCCAUUUUGAUUCAUGGACCCAAGGUGUCGAGGGAGUUUUACUUAAAUACCGAGGAGUUUAUAGAUGCAGUCGCACAGAAUCUUCUGGCGGAGCUUCGAGAACCUGUUCCUGUUGUUGUCUGAGCAGAUGUUUGGUUUACUCAAGUUUCCAUGGAAAUUUCCUACGGGAAAAGAAAAGGUUACCAAGGAAAUUGUUGGGAUGAGGAUUUUGAGUAGAGGCCGAAUAAUUGGUUUAAGAGUUAUUCUUUUUAUACCAUUAUGUUUCCACACGCACAGACAUUGGUUAUGGAGUUGCCUUUUAAGAAUAAUCAAAGUUUGUAAGAGUUUUAAUCUUUAAAAAGAAAUAAGUUUACGUUGUGAAGACA